GUUCUACCCGACGCACCUUUGCUUUGAACCGCCAUCACUGAAUCAUCAUGCCUGUAAGACAUCUUAACUAAGUAUUGUUUUUGAGAGCUUAAUUGAGUUCUCUUCACAGCGCUCAUCACGUUCCUCUCGUCCAGCUGCUAAGCCUGCAGCUCCCCAACAGUCCCGCGGCGCUCAUACGGCCGCGAUGCCUCCUGCUGCUGCCCACGGUAACCCAGCACACGCCCCCGCACCACCAGUCCCCGCUCAGACAUCUAGCGGUCCCGGAUUGAUGGCUCAGAUGGCCGCCACUGCUGGUUCCGUCGCUGUUGGAUCUACCAUUGGUCAUGGUAUCUCCUCUAUGCUGUUUGGCUCCAGUUCAUCUGCUGCACCUGCGGAACAAGCAGCACCUGUACAACAACAACAGGCGUACCAGACGACUGGUGCUGCUUGUGAAGUUCAGGCUAAGGAGUUCACUAAGUGCUUGGACAAGGCAGACCUGCAAAGUUGCUCAUGGUACCUUGACCAAUUGAAGGCUUGUCAAGCUGCUGCUGCUCCCUAUUAA